AUGUCGGAUUACUGGAAAGCAUAUAAUUGUUUGAACAACGAGGGCUUCCAACAUCUGAAGGUCAAUCAUUCGAUUGAGUUUGUGGAUUCUGAUACUGGAGCACACACAAACACAAUCGAAAGUUCGUGGCGGCAUGCAAAGGCUUCUCUUCCACAAUACCGAAGAGAAAAAUCGUUUUUUGGUGGUUACUUAGCCAAAUAUAUGUUCAUGAAAAUGUGCAAAUCCGCACAUUUAGAUCCAAUAAUUGAAUUUUUUAAAUAUGCCGAACAGCUCUAUUCUCCUCUUGAAGACUUGUCAGAUGGAAGUGAAAAUGACGAAGAUGAAGAUGAAGAUGACGGUGACAUCGACUUCAACAAUAUUUCUGAAGUCGAUGCUGGAGUCGGAAGUGAGGGUGAAAAAGUUCUCGAUCGAAAUUGUUCAAAAUAUAAAUUUUUCUUCAUGGCAUCUGAUAAUACAAUUGGAAAAGUGAAAGAAGAACUAAUAAACGAUGAUCAAAUAUUACCUUAUGCAGAUAAUAGUACCGAUCGAAUAUUGGCCUAUCUUGUGUCUAUCGAAGGGAGUACAACAUCGGGAGGCGAUCGCUCUUCUACAGCUAGCGGUCGAAAACAUCAGUAUAAACAACAACGAAUAAUUGACGAUGAUGCAUUGACCACAACAAUGAAUAAUUCAUCGCUCAUUCAACAGCCAAGAUUACAACGAAAUUCUCGUCGAUAUCAUUCAGAAGAUGACAGGUAUUCAACUAUUACAGAUUCAACAACAGUGUCAUGUCGAUAUCAUGGAAGAGAUCGUCAACGAAGAAGAAAACACCGGUUGCCAGCAGCUAUUGAUCGUGCUUCAUCAUUCAGUAGUCUCAAUUCAGAUUCGACAAUGAUAUUAAACAUCAUUACUGUAACAUUAAACUUAGAUUCUGUGAAUUUUCUUGGCAUAAGUAUUGUCGAACAGAGUGACAAGAAUGGAAUGAGUGAUGGAGGAAUUUAUAUUGGAUCUACUAUGAAAGGUGGAGCUGUUGCUCACGAUGGCCGUAUUGAACCCGGCGAUAUGAUUUUGCAAGUAAAUGAUAUUAGUAUUGAAAAGCUUUCAAAUGAUGAUGCUGCUCGUCCAGUUGAUCCUCUCUCUUGGCUUGCGCAUAAUCAGGCUGUUACAAAUACAUUUAAUCCUCAAGUAAGGCAAUCGUUACAACACCAUAAUUCAACAACAAAUAUGAAUUCAUCUAUAUCACCGGGAAGCAAUACAUUAGCUGAUAAUGAAAGAUAUGCUUUGGAUCUAAAUUUAACAGUAAAUAGUGAUAUGGAUACAAUAUUAAGAGCAAUGACAGAAAAAGAUUCUGGUCUAGAUAUUCGAGACCGUUCGGAUCUUGUAAAUUGGCUAUAUGAACAUGUUGAAGGGUUUAUUCAACGUAAUGACGCUCGAAAAUACGCCAGUAGCAUGUUGAAAGCUGGUUAUAUUCGACAUACAGUUAAUAAAUUAACAUUUAGUGAACAAUGUUAUUAUGUUUUCGGAGAUUUAUAUACGCAAGGUAUAUCCCAACUAACAUUAGAUGAAGAACCGGAAGAUUAUGAAUCUGUAUUAGAAAAUGAUCGUGAUACAUUGGCUCCAUUAAAACCAACAACAUACGGUGAUUCAUCAUGUUCAAAAGAUGCUCUUAGUGUUAAAUCAUCAUCAAGAAGUAGUACAACAUUGGAUAUUGAUAGUUUGAAAUUAUCAUCGAAACAAAAACAACAGAAACAACAACAACAUCACCAUCAUAAUUCAACGUUAAAUAAUUCUAGACAAUUAGAAUCUGUACCAAAUCAGUUACGUUCAAGUAAAGAAUCAUUUCUGCAAGCAAUGGCUCAUCCAUGUAAACUUUUUGUCGAUGAGGAACAAGUAAUAUUUCAUCCUGAUUGUCCAUUUAACAAUUGUAUAUGGAAAUGUAGUAAAGAGAGUACAACGAUUACACAAUCGGAUGCAUCAAUUUCUCAUUAUUCAGAUAUAAAUCCAGAACAAAUACAAACAUUUCUUGAAAAACGAUCAAUCAAUGAAAUCUAUAUAUUAUGGAUAGAUGAAGCACAUAAAGAUGUUCAUCAUUUAGAUGAAUAUAAAUUUAAUUAG